AUGGCGUACUCGUUCCCUGAGGAGGUUCUGGAGCACGUGUUCUUGUUCCUGAGCUCGGACAAGGACCGGAACGCGGUUUCGCUCGUGUGCAAGUCCUGGUACGACAUCGAGCGGUGGUGCCGCCGUCGGAUUUUCGUCGGGAACUGCUACGCGGUGUCGCCGGAUAUAGUGAUCCGUCGGUUUCCGGAGGUCAGAGCGGUGGAGAUGAAGGGCAAGCCGCAUUUUGCUGAUUUCAAUCUCGUGCCGGAGGGUUGGGGUGGGUACGUGCAGCCGUGGAUCAAGGCGAUGUCGGCGGCGUAUCCGUUGCUUGAGGAGAUCAGGCUCAAGCGGAUGGUGGUUACAGAUGAGGGACUCGAGCUGAUUGCGAGAUCGUUUAAGAAUUUCAAGGUUUUGGUGCUCUCGUCUUGUGAGGGGUUCACCACGGACGGCCUCGCCUCGAUUGCUGCUAAUUGCAGGAAUCUCAGAGAACUAGAUUUGAGGGACUGUGAUGUGGAGGAAAUCAGCGGGCAUUGGCUUAGCCAUUUUCCUGAUAACUGCACCUCUCUUGUGUCACUCAACAUUUCCUGCUUAGACUCAGAGGUCAAUUUCGCUGCCUUGGAGCGUCUAGUUGCACGAUGCCCCAACCUUAGGACUCUCAGGUUGAGUCGUUCUGUGCCCCUUGAGAAGCUCCCUAACCUGCUCCAACGGGCCCCGCAGUUGGUCGAGUUAGGUACAGGUGCAUAUUCAGCUGAGAUCCAGUCCGAAGUAUUCUCAAGUUUGACAGAAGCAUUUUCGUCCUGUAAGCAACUCAAGGGCUUGUCUGGCUUCUGGGAUGUUGUACCAGCUUAUCUUCCGGCCAUGUAUUCAGUCUGCUCUGGAAUUACAUCACUUAACUUAAGCUUCGCUGCAGUUCAAAGUCCUGAACUCAUUAAGCUUAUUUGUCAGUGCCGGCAUCUACGGCGUUUGUGGGUUCUGGAUUACAUUGAGGACUCAGGUCUAGAAGCUCUUUCCGUGUCUUGCAAGGACUUGCAAGAACUCCGCGUGUUCCCUUCCGAUCCUUUUGGGGCCGAACCUAACGUCUUCUUAACCGAGCAAGGGCUCGUCUCCGUAUCCCAAGGCUGCCCGAAGCUCCAGUCUGUCCUCUACUUCUGCCGCCAGAUGUCGAACGCCGCAUUAAUCACCAUUGCCCAGAACCGGCCUAACCUUAUCUGCUUCCGGCUGUGCAUCAUCGAUCCCCAGGCCCCGGACUACCUCACUCUCGACCCACUCGAUGCCGGUUUCGGAGCCAUUGUCGAGAGCUGCAAGGAGCUGAAGCGGCUCUCUAUGUCCGGUCUCCUCACAGAUCGGGUCUUCGAGCACAUCGGGACCCACGCCAAGAAACUUGAGAUGCUGUCCAUAGCCUUUGCUGGGGAAAGUGACUCGGGCCUUCACCACGUGCUCUCGGGCUGCGAGAGCUUGAGGAAGCUAGAGAUUAGAGAUUGCCCAUUUGGGGAUGGGGCCCUGCUGGCCAACGCCACGAAGCUCGAGACAAUGCGAUCCCUUUGGAUGUCGUCUUGCUCGGUCAGCUAUGGGGCGUGCAAGCUGCUAGGCCACAAGAUGCCAAGGCUGAAUGUUGAGGUUAUAGACGAGAGGGGUCCGCCGAACACGAGGCCUGAGAGUUGCCCUGUCGAGAAGCUGUAUCUUUACCGGACGGUGGCUGGGAGGAGGAUGGACAUGCCUAGUUUUGUGUGGACGAUGGAUGAGAAUCCCGGGUUGAGGUUUUCUUGA